CGCUGCAGAGCUGCUGCGCUCCCGCGGCGAGAAGGGCACCGCCGCCUUCGUGGCCGUCAACCUGCUGGACGGCGCGUGGGGCUCCGCGGAGGUGCUGCACAUCGACACGCACUCCUGCAUGGCGGUGCCGGAGAAGACCGCUGCCGUGCCCGUAGCGACGUGUAUCGUGACGGAGGUGGGGGAGCUGGCGGAGCAGGCGGAGGCCAACGCCCAGCUGCUGCGCGACAUGCUGGUGGCGCACAAGGACUCGCCCAACGAGGCGUUCGAGACUGAGCUGGCGCGCAGCCUGGUGGCACGCGUUACCGCGCUGCGCGAGCAGUUCCACCACUACAUGCCCCAGAUCCACGCCAUGGGCGCGGAGGGGGAGGCCCUGGCUGCCAAGGCGGAGGCCGCCGUCCGGCUGCUGGAUGAUGCGCUAGCAUACAAGGACAACUGAGCAGCGCCAGCAGCGCCGUCUGGCGCGCGGAGACUUGAGAAGCUGUCAUACCGAGAUAACGAUGGCCCCUAGCACGGGUCGCUUCACCCAUGCGACUCCGGUUGACGGGUUCAUAGUACGGCACACAUUUGGUGGCGCCGGUAGUGCUAUCUACGCAUCCUGGAGAGAAAAUUUUGUAACUUGGUGUGUACGAAGAUCACCUUUCUUCCUUCUGCAAGUAUGCAUCAAUGCCUAAUUCUUGGGGUUUGGUCGGUUACGCCUUGCGGCUUGGGCCUGUCGCUUCCGUUGCUGUGAUGAUGUAUGGUCAAUAAUGGCUUGGGUCCGCUGUGCUGUGCUGGGGGGAGUCGCACAGUUUUGUCCGGGUGUUCUUCGCCCUGUUGCUCUUCCAGUGGGCUUCAGUGGCUGGUAAGGCUUGAGCCGUGUGGCGCAUUGACUUGCAUUGCGUGACAAGUGACGCACGUGACGAGAUGGAAUUAAAGAGUGUGGGCUGACGUACUCCGUGUGGUUCGCUCUGGUUUUUUAACGGUUUCUAAUUUUCAUGGACAUGCAUCUUGGAGCAUAUUUUUUCAGCCAUAUUUGGUAAAGACAUGGACGACUUUGCAUUAAUUGACUUGCUGUUGGCGAAAUUUACGCCAUUAUUGGCAUGCGCCAAACGCCGUAAGCUGUGAAGCUGCACGGCAGCAUUGCAAGUAGCGGCGCACCCACGCACCCGGCUUUAUACGGCCCCAAUUGGCACCUUCUGCCCCAACGGAAAGCCCAUAAGCACGGGCGGCUCGAAAUGUAAAUCGCCAAUGAAUA